UGUUAUUCUGAGUUAAAAUUUACAUCAGACUGUCAAAAGUAUUGUGGAAAUUGUUAUCUAUUUUAUGUUGGAUGCAGAUAUUGUUUAACAACAAACAUUUUUUUUGGACCUACGGAUCAAUCUAAAUGUAAAAAAUGCAAACGAAUAUCACUUAUUAGUGGAUGCAUUGGUCUUGAUGAUUUUAUUUUUGACAACAUUAUACAUGAUAAUUUAAAUAAUUUAGAGAUGAAUAAGUUUAAAAAUAUCGUAAAAAAAAUUGAUAAAUACUUUAUAUCAGACGAUACUAUAUUAAGUUCUAUAUUUUCUAUAAUUAAAUUAAAAGGAAAAAAUGAGAUAAGAUCAAUUAGAUGGAUAUCUUUUUCUCAAUUUACAGAUGUUAAAGAAAUAGCAAAAGGAGGAUAUGGUAUUAUAUAUAAAGCAACUUGGUCGAAUAAAAAUAAUAAAAAUGAAACUGUCAUUUUAAAAAGAUUUGAAAAUUCUAAAAAUAUUGGAAAAUAUUUCUUAAAUGAGUUAAAAUCAAAUCAACAUUAUUUUAAAGAAGAUUAUAUGUUGAGUUAUAUCAUUAAAAUUUAUGGCUUUACUAAAGAUCCCGAAUCAGAGGAUUAUGUAUUAGUUAUGAAAUAUGCGCCAAAUGGAGAUUUACAUAAGUAUUUACAAAAGAAUUUUACAAAUAUUACAUGGAAUAUACAAAAAUUAAUUAUUUUAUAUGACAUUUCAAUGGGACUUGAAACUAUUCAUAAUAAAAAAUUUAUGCAUCGAGACUUCCAUAGCGGGAACAUAUUAUGUGAUUCAAGUAGUAGAUAUAGUAGGAAUAAAUAUAAACAUGAUAAAUUACAAAUUGGAGAUCUAGGAUUAUCACAAGCUGUAAAUAAUAAAUCAUCAAAUAAUGAAAUAUAUGGAGUAAUACCUUAUAUUGCACCGGAAAUAUUUAAAGGAUCAAAAUUUUCUAAAGAAGCUGAUAUUUAUAGUUUUGGUAUGAUUAUGUGGGAACUUACAACAGGGUGUAAACCUUUUGAUAAUGUUGAACAUGAUCAUACUCUUAUUUAUAAAAUUCUUGAUGGAGAACGACCUAAAAUUACAGAAGAUACACCAGAAUGUUAUGCUAACUUAAUGAAAAGUUGUUGUGACCCUGAUCCAAAAAAAAGACCUUCUAUAAAAGAAAUUCGUUUAACUUUUAGUGGUUGGAUAUUUAGAUGUAAAAAUAAAGCAGAAUUUAUUCAAGCUGAAGAAAAAAGAAAAAAAUUGAUAGAAUCAAAGAAGAUUGGGCCGGAAUUUGCUAAAAAGCGACAUUCAGGAGCCAUUUAUACAAGUAGGCCAUUAAGUGCUUUAAUUUCUAAAUGUUCAUCCAUCUAUUCUUCAACAAUUUCAUUUGGUAAACAAGAUUCCAAUUAUAUCUCAGAAUUAAAGGAUGAUAAAGACACUGAAAGUUUAUCGUCACAAAAUUUAAAUUUUGCAAUUCAAAAAUUUUCAACCUCUUUAAAUUCUAAUUAUAUCUCAGAAGAAUUAGAGUUUGAUAUACAAGACAAUGAAAGUUCUACGAUUCAAAAUUAUUCAACCACAUUAGAUUCUAGUAGAUAUAUUUCAGCAGAAUUAGAGCUUGAUAUAAAUACUGAAAGCUAUUCUAGAUAUAUCUCAACAGAAUUAGAGCUUGAUAUAAAUACCGAAAGUUUCAGAUCACAAAAUUUAAAAAAGAGAAGAAAUGAAGGAUAUUUAAAUUUAGAAACUCAUGAUGAUAGUGGAAAACGUAUUAAAACUAAUUUCAAUUAUCCAUAGAACUAUGAAAGUAAAAUAUUUCGUUAUUCUGCAAAUUCAGGACAUUAGAAAUAUUUAAUAAUUUUUAUUAGACUUUCUCAUUAUAAAAAGAAAAGAAAUUAGAACCCGGGCAUAAUAUUUAUUUAAGUCUCG